AUUUAAUCACCAGAUCUAUGUCUAGCCAUUGUGGCGAGUAUACCGGUUCACAAUCAGCGUCGCCAUGGAAACCACCAAAUCACCUGAUGACACAGACUCACGGAGACUCACAAGAAACGUGUCCAACAGAAAGAGACAUCCAAAUCUAUGGAUGCUUUCCUCCGACCUAAAAACCACUUUCUAGCUGACAAAGUGACUGCUGCAGAGGUGACGAGUGUGUAUCACACUGUCCAACACGCUACAUCAUAUCGAGCAGGAUAUUGUGGCACAAAGCUAGCCCCAACAAUUUAUCUAGACUCCGACAUUGCUAAGAGGAUGGCCUGUGGUCGGACGAAGGGAGAAGCCAUUGUCACGGAUGUGCUUGCCCCUGCCUCCAUCGAAGAUUGCUUGAAAGUCCACAGAAGACCACUGAAUGAGAAACAAGAGGCAACAACCAAAGCCCACACGCCAUUCUUCUCAGUGGCUUCAGAUGCCUCCAAUCAUGGAACCACCAAGCUCUUCCCACUGUCAGUGCGUUACUGGAUGCCAGACUUGGGAGUACAGACGAAGGUCCUUGAUUUCUAUGAUGAAAGUGAUGAAACAUCUGCCGCGAUCCACAACCAGAUAGUCACCAAGCUGGAGGAAAACGGACUGUGACUAGACAUGAUAUCUGCGUAUUCCACUGACAAUGCUAGUCUGAACUACGGGAGAUACAACUCUGUCUUCCAGAAACUGAAAGAGAACAACAAUUGCAUUUUGAAGGCAAACUGUGUGGCCCAUAUCGUUCACAACAGUGCAAAACACGCAGGAGAUUGGCUAAAUAUCAACAUCGAAAAUGUCGUCAACAAGACCUUUAGCCACUUCUCCUCAUCUGCCAAACGCACUGAGGAAUUUAUGUCAAUUCACACCUUUGUGGAGAUAGAGUACCAGUCCCUGCUUAGACAUGUGCCCACAAGAUGGCUGAGCUUGUGGCCUGCAGUGAAGAGGCUUCGACAGCUGGGCUCCUAUCAAGACCUACUUUCUCUCAUUGGGAGAGGACCAGUGUCCAAAGUCAUUAUGGCGGCUGUUCAAGGAUGACCAGGAUGGUGAGGGCAACCCCCUCGAUCUACUGGUUUACCUGUCCUUCCUCAACAAUGCGCUGAAGAUUUUCCACGACACUGUGCUGGUGCUGGAGCGAGAAGAUGGAACUGUCUGUGAGCUCUACGAUAUGAUGUUCACCCUAAAAACCAAGCAACGACAGAGUGAUGGUUUCUUUGGGGCUCAGACGGGUGUACUCCUCCAGCAGUUUCCAGACAGACAGGCAGCUGUGCUCCGAGAGGACAUGUGCAACUUCUACCAGUCCUCUCUCACCUACCUGGAGCAGCGCUAUGACUUCUCAGACUCCAACUACCAGAAGAAAGUGGCUAGCCUGGCACUAAAGAAGAGCCCAUUCAACUUCUCAAAUCUCUGUGAAGCUGUAGAGGUCCUUCAGCUAAGCAAGAAGUUGGACAUGGAUGCGCUAUAUGAUGAGUAUUGUGUCAUUCUGCCACACCAACAGGCCAGCGUGCAGUCUGGAGCUCCAGUCGUGGAGAAGUGGGCCACCUUACUCAAGCACACACACACACCAAACAUGACAGCAUUAGCUUCUUUCCUCUUGAGUAAACCAAUCACCAAUGCUUCAGUGGAGAGGGUCUUUUCACUGAUGACAGGAUGCUGGACGGACACAAGGAACAGAUGUUCGGUAAACCUCAUCAAGUCAGAAAUCCAGGUGAAGAGCAACUUCACAUUCAGUUGCAAGGACUUCUACACUUAUGUAGUGAAAGAGAAGGUUCUCCUCAAUGCUGUACGCUCCAACAAGAAAUACAAGUUCAAGAAGAAACCUGAAGAUGCUGGUGAAAAGGUUUGAGUCCUAAAGGUGUCCCGAGAACCCUGAACAGUUUUUUUUCCCCUGUGCCAACAUUCAAGUUCACCAUCCUUCAUCCCCUUCUCGAUCCGUGAACCUCUGGAGUUAGAGCGAGGGAUGAUCGGCAGGAACCUUCGCCAGCACACGGCAGGAUUACUCGCCAUCCCAUGAACAAGAGGAGGAAGAGGAUUCACCCCCACACAGCGGACGGAGCUAAUUCCCCAUCACACUACUCACUGUCUCCUGUUACCCUGUGCACAUCCUCUAUUGCGACCCUCAAUACCGCUCUAAUCUGUUCCAAUCAUCCUGAAAUCGCUGAGUAACCUGUUGCCCAUUGUCCCGAAAGAUUUCCGCCCUAAACGGCUCCUGGUUAGCCGGUAGCACUGAGGAGUCAGAGCCAGAAACAUCCGCUGUGUUAUCCGCUCUCACUGUUGACCAGCCUGGGUAAACUCAGCCGCUUCCCAAGCUUCAACUAAAUUAU